UCAAAUCCCCGUGAGGUUGCUCAAAAACUAGUGAGUGAAGUGCCAGAGUUUUCUUGGGUUAAAAAGCUAGAAAUAGCUGGUCCAGGUUUUAUUAAUAUCACUCUAGAUCGUUCUAUUGGUCAUCGUACUCUAAGUGAUCUGCUCUUAAAAGGGGUGCACCUUCCUCCUGUUGAGCGCAAACUCACAAUUGUCGUUGACUUCCCUUCAGCAAAUAUUGCCAAAGACAUGCAUGUAGGACAUCUUAGAGCUGGCAUUAUUGGUGAGAGCACCAGCAGACUCUUGGAAUUUAUUGGACAUAAUGUCAUCAGAGUUGACCAUCUUGGUGACUGGGGUACACAAUUUGGAAUGCUGAUUGCUCAUCUCCAAGAUAUAUUCCCUGACUACCAAACUAAAUCCCCACCUAUCAGUGACUUACAGAAGUUUUACAAAGAGUCAAAAAAGCGUUUUGAUGAAGAUCCAGAGUUUAAGAAAAGAGCUUAUGAAUGUGUUGUUAAACUUCAAAGUUUUGAUCCUGUUUAUACAAAAGCCUGGCAGCUUAUCUGUGAUGUGUCACGCAAAGAAUUUCAGAAAAUAUACACCAGACUUGACAUUACUUCCAAAGAGAUUGGAGAAUCCUUUUAUCAAACUCGGAUGGAGAAAUUGGUGAAGGAGCUGGAACAGAAAGGGCUGCUUGAGGAAGAUGAAGGGCGUAAGGUUAUGUGGGGUCGAACCGAUCGAAUCCCUUUUACAAUUGUAAAAUCAGAUGGUGGAUUCACUUAUGACACUUCUGACAUGGCCACUAUUAACUAUCGAAUUCAUGAACAAAAGGCUGAUUGGAUCAUUUAUGUUGUGGAUGCAGGCCAAGCAACUCAUUUUGAAGUUUUGGAAGCAUGUGCUAUCAAAGCAGGUAUAAUGGAUCCUAAAAAGGUUCGAAUGGAUCAUGUAUCUUUUGGUGUAGUUCUUGGUGAGGAUAAAAAGAAGUUCAAAACACGAUCUGGUGAAACAGUCAAACUUGCAGCCUUGCUAGAUGAAGGUCUGAAACGUGUUGGUGAGAAGCUGAAAGAGAAAGGCCGAGAUCAAGUCCUUACUCCAGAAGAGUUAAAAACAGCUCAAGAAGCUUUAGCCUAUGGCUGUAUUAAGUAUGCUGACCUCUCUCACAACCGUAUUCAUGAAUACGUAUUCUCAUUUGAUAAGAUGCUAGAGGACAAGGGGAACACAGCAGUAUACCUCCUAUACAUGCUUACCAGGAUACGAUCGAUUGCCCGCUUGGCUGGUCACACCCCUGAAAGUAUGAAAGAAGCCGCUAAGUCCACCCCUGUUUCUCUUGACCAUGAGAAAGAAUGGAAUUUAGCAAAGGUCAUCCUGCGGUUCAAUGAGACCAUUGAGAAGAUUACCCGAGAUUUAUGUCUUCAUCAUUUGUGCGAAUAUCUUUAUGACCUAUCCACUGCAUUUUCUGAGUUUUAUGACAGCUGCUACUGUGUUGAAAAAGAUUCCACGGGUGAAAUCAAGGUUAUUCAUAUUGGCCGACUUCUUCUUUGUGAGGCUACAGCAACUGUCAUGGAAAAGUGCUUCAAUAUUCUUGGUAUAAGAACUGUUAGUAAAAUGUAAAAGUGAUUGUGAUUUUUAAUAGUAACAUUUAAAUUUACCUCUGAUCCUGA